UUUCACGUCAGUGGGUGCCAGUCCUAUCUGUCUUUCUUAGUAGAAAUUAUAGGUAUUUGUGGUUGUAGCUGGAUUAGUGUAUUUGUUUGGUUGGUUCAUGUUAAUGAUCUUACGACAAAAUAAUCUGUUUUGAAAUUCUUGACAUAGGUAACAAAACACCUUUCGUUAACAAUUUCAUACUUAAGCUACAGAACUUAGACGUCAAGUUCGUAAACAAGUUUGAGAAUAGGAUUCUAAAAUGGCCGAGCUAGCGGCAUUGCUCCAAACGGAAAUCCCAGAAGGGCGAAAUCAUCUCACUGACAGCCACACUAAUUUGGAGCGAGUGGCAGAGUACUGCGAAGCCAACUAUUUCCAAGCCGAAAACAAGAGAUUGGCUUUAGAAAGUACCAAAAAUUAUACGACACAAUCUCUGGCUAGUGUUGCUUAUCAAAUAAAUACAUUGGCAUACAAUUUUUUACAAUUGCUUGACUUGCAAACAAUGCAGCUUGCCGAAAUGGAAGGGCAGAUGAACCAUAUUGCCCAAACAGUGGCUAUUCACAAGGAGAAAGUAGCCAGACGGGAGAUUGGUGUGUUAACAGCAAAUAAGGUGACCAACAGGCAAUACAAAAUCAUAGCACCAGCUAAUCCAGAGAAGCCUAUCAAGUAUAUUCGGAAGUCAAUUGAUUAUGCUGCAUUGGACGACAUAGGUCACGGCGCUCGCUGGAGCGCGGCCACGAGCGGCACCCCGCGCGGGCGGCGCUCGGGCUCCGCGCCAGGCCCCGCACCGCUGCCCGCUCCCACCACUAAGCCGCCCACACCACCCGCUGCGGUCAGGUCUAAUUCCGGGGCCAAUACUGGCACGCUGGGGCGUGGCACUCUAGGCAAGUCGUCGCGCGAGUACCGCACGCCGCCGGCGGUGGCGCCGCCGCAGGUGCCGUCGCACUACGCGCCCAACUUCCCGCGCCGCCCGCCCGGCUACUCCACGCUGCCCGUGGCGCAGCCGCAGGUGGGCAUGGUGCAUCCCAAUCAGCACCAGUCUAACACCAGUUACUCUCAACAAGAUCUGCACACCAGCAUGCCUCCGCCCCCGUCUCCCUUGAUCGGCUCUGACGGGGAACACAGCCAGCACUCUAUGACGCUUCCGGGACAGCAGCGCGGGUCGGGCGGCAGCGCGCGCGGCGGGUCGGCGUCGCCGCCGCUGCCGCCGCCGCCGCGCGACGACGAGCUGCUGCACGACGGCUUCGGCCGCCACCACCACCUCACGAAUAAAAUGAGUGCUCAAUACACCAGCGCUGUGCCAGCUAUAGUGCCCGAUGAAGAAGACUUGCCCGGAUGGGUGCCCAAGAAUUAUAUCGAAAAAGUGGUGGCAAUCUACGACUACUACGCGGACAAAGAAGACGAGCUGUCGUUUCAAGAGAGUGCCGUGAUCUUCGUGCUGAAGAAGAACGACGACGGCUGGUGGGAGGGCGUCAUGGACGGCGUCACGGGGCUGUUCCCGGGGAACUACGUGGAACCUUGCGUGUAAUUUAAAAAAAAAGGUUAUUAAUAAUGUUCUAUUUUAUCUAUACAGGGUGUCUGG